GAGCCGCGGAUUCGGGGGUCGACGCGCGCACGGCGGCUCUCCGGCUGCUCUCCGGCUCCCGAGGGCCGCGCGUCGUGGCGGCUCUGCGCUGGGCUGCUCCCCCUUCGGCCCUCGAGUCCGCGUGCGGUUUGCGUGGGUCUCAGCAGGGGCCCCUCGCGCCCGCCUCUGUGCCCCCAGCUCUUCGGCCCGGGCCGGCAGGGAGGCCCGCGCGCCGCGCCGCGCAGGAUGGAGCAGACCGAGGUGCUGAAGCCGCGGACGCUGGCCGAGCUCAUCCGCGUGCUGCACCAGCUCUUCGCCGGCGACGACGUCAACGUCGAGGAGGUGCAGGCCGGGCUGGAAGCCUACGACAGCGACCCUGCCGAGUGGGCGACGUACGCCAAGUUCGAUCAGUACAGGUAUACCCGAAAUCUUGUGGAUCAAGGAAAUGGGAAAUUUAACCUGAUGAUUCUGUGCUGGGGUGAAGGGCACGGCAGCAGUAUUCAUGAUCACACGGAUUCCCACUGCUUUCUGAAAAUGCUGCAAGGAAAUCUGAAGGAGACUUUAUUUGCCUGGCCUGACAAAAAGUCCAAUGAGAUGACGAAGAAGUCCGAAAGAACCUUAAGAGAAAACCAGUGUGCCUACAUCAAUGAUUCCAUUGGCUUACAUCGAGUAGAGAAUAUCAGCCACACAGAACCUGCCGUAAGCCUCCACUUAUACAGUCCACCUUUUGAUACAUGCCAUGCUUUUGAUCAAAGAACAGGACACAAAAACAAAGUCACCAUGACAUUCCAUAGCAAAUUUGGAAUCAGGACUCCAUUUCCAACUUCAGGUUCACUGGAGAACAACUGAGGAGCACCAAAUCCUGCAGAGUUUUGCUUUAAGAUGUGCUGGUGAACAUUUUUACCUUAGACCAGAAGGCCUUCCACUGUUUGAUGUCUAAUAAUACACUUACAUAAGCCAAUACUUAGAUCCAUUGUAAGGCAGAUGCUAAUGGUAAGGCGUUAAUGAGCAAAUAGUAUCCCAAACUACUGUAGAGAAAAAUCCCAUUUAAAAAGUCUUGAAAUUUUAAAGGCCAAAUCAAGUACUCUCCUGAUUCUGUCCUCUAAUUCCACUGCAACCAUACUAGGAGUUUCAAGGAGGGUCUGUAUUUCUUUCUUUCUUUCUGCUUUGGAAAUAAUUUGGUCACUGAAUUGAUAUUUGCAAUAAAUAUAAACAACUUAUAGAUACCAACUCUCUGCUUUGUUACUUGGAGAAUUAGAUGUAGAUGUUUUUAAUGUACUUUGUAUACUCUUAACAUUUGAAGAGAAUUUUUUGAUCUUUGAAUUUUAUUUUUUCAAUAUUUUACAACUUCCUUUUCUAUGGGUAAUAGAGAAACCAACGGCCAUUUUUCGCUUGAUAAUAAACUGAACGGCAGAGAACUUACUUUGAAAUGUAGUGUACCCAAACCUGUAACAAACCAAAACCCAUAUCUAAUAUGUCCCAGUCAUAGACAAGGAUUUUGUACUGCUUCCCAGUUUGCCAAAUCAUUUUAAUAAAAUUUGAUUUGAACACAA